GUGUGGCAAAGAUGGCGGCGCCCAGUGUGGAGAAUGUGGAGGUUCCCUUGAAAUCCCCAGCUGGGACUCCUGGCAAAGUGAGGAAGCUGAUAAACGAAGGGAUAGUGAGUGCAGAUACCGAGGCCAGGAAAGAAACUGUUGCCUCGACUGAUGAAAACAAUGGGUUUGAAGCUGGGUCAGAUUCUGCUUCUAGUGAGACAACAAGUAGAGAUGCGUUCUUUAGCAGAGUGGAAUCCUUCACCUCAGUGAAGUGGGCUGGAAAGCCACCUGAAUUGUCACCGCUUCUCUGUGCAAAGUAUGGAUGGUUAAAUGUGGAGUGCGACAUGUUGAAAUGCUCCAGUUGCAGUGCCUAUCUAUGUGCCGGACUGCAGCCAUCCAUGGAUUUCAGUAGUUAUAAAGAACGCUGUUUGGAACUACAGGAAGCACUAAGGACAGGACACAGAGAAUUCUGUUUCUGGCCUGACAGUCCUUGCCCAGAACAUUUCUGGGCUCUGAUGGUCACAGAGCCAUCUUCGGUGUUGAAUAAUUUUGUGGAACAUUUCCAAAAUCUUUGUAAGCUAGAACUCCAGUUGCCAUCUCUCAAAUCCGAGGACCUGAAAAAUAUGGACCUCACAGAGGACACAGUGAGUUUACUCCUGCACCUGAUAGACGAUGAGUUGAAAGCUAAGGAGGGAAGAGAAAAUCUUGCUCGAAGCGUCGUCAGUGACUCUCUGCAUGUUCACAUCUCUGCUUGCAUUCUCGCGCUGUGUGGAUGGAGCUGCAGUCCAUCAACUCAUUCUUCCUCCCUGCCCAUUAUUGGUUGUACGCGGUGUAUGAGAAAAGUUGGCUUGUGGGGCUUCCUGCAACUGGAAACCAUGGAAAUGGAGACAUCUCCAAUGACACCUGGUACUCCUGUGUCUCCAGUAGAAGGUCAAAAUGAUAGAACACCCCUGGGAAGUAUGUCCUCGAACAGGAGGGUCACUCGUAGCCGUGAACCUGAGCAGAGCCCUUCGUCUCUAUAUACUCGGACACGCAGUUGGGAUUUCUCAAGCCCAGCAGAUUCUGAUGCAGUAAGGAGUCGCCCAGUAACCCGUAGCAUGGGACAAGGAGAAAAUACUGGUUUGGGUGCCGAGACGCACUCCAGCCCUCACCGCAAGCCCAAACGGCCACGACUUUGCUCCAGCAGCAGUUCUGAUACUUCUCCUAGGGGCUACUUUGACCCUCUUUCUCAGCACAGGACUUGGUGUCCGUGGGUUAGUGUGUAUAAGAAUGCUAUCAAUAUGGAGAAAGGCAAAAAUGACAGUGUAGAAAAUGGCAAGAUUGUGGAAUGUGGUUGGAAGGAAGUUCUAAAAGUGCUCAUGGUUGAUGUAAAAUCCAGAGCCCUUGCUGACCAAGAUUCAUCUACUGUGCCAGAAAAAUCCUACAAAGUCUUCAGAAUAUUUCGUCAGUGGCAGAGGACUACGUCAUCAUGAAUGCACAUAUAGACUUUUUUUUUUUCUUUUUCUUCAAACCAACCAAUGUGACCUCUCUUAUGUCCACCUUGCUUUGAGCAGUAUAGACUUGUAUUGUGUUACACUAAUCCUGGGUAAUCUGUAUUUGGUUCAUGAUAUCCACACCUUCUUUGCAAGUAUUUUCCAUUGUGAAAACAUCUUAUGGCUGCUUUGAUUCCUUUAAUAAACAUGUAGACAACUUGCUGGUGGACCAAAUGUGAUAGAGACUAAAGGACAAAUUAAAACUUUUUAUUUUCCUUGCUUGUAUGAAAAUUAGAAACAAUUAAUUUUUUUGCUUCUUUUAUAGUAAAUACAUUGGGUAAAACCAAGAAUAUAUACCUGGGUGAAUGUUGUCACUACUUCUACAGGGUUAUUUACUAAACUGAGAAUGUUGGGCAUUAAAAGUGAAUUCCAAAUCUAACGCCAAAGUAGCUUAACUGGAAAUUUUCUAGUUCAGCGGCUUUGGCUUUGAAUUCCAACGAUUCUCUUUAUGGUAUAACUGUUUUGUUUUGAAAAAAAGAUUGGAAUGCCAUACUGAAUUAACUGGUUGUUUUUAAAUGCAUUAGGAGUACAAUACAGUAGGUCCAGUGAUAUUCCAGGUCUUCUUACAUUGCUUUAAAGGACUAAAUGAAAUAUGUUGGUGAAAUUACAACAAUAUGUAUAGGAAAAUUGUAUACACCAUAAACACUUCAAUGGAUUGAAAGGGUUUUGAUGCCUAGAGUCUAUGGGUGUCAGGUUCCACACUGCUACUAAACAGUUUACUACUUGUCAAAAUUCUGUCCCCGGCAGCCUGCAGACUAUUUUCCAAUGAAAAUAUGGCAGAUGCGGAGAUAUACCUGCUUCACUCAAUAUCAGGAGUAGCAGGUAGUAACUUUCUGAGAGCAUGGGCCCUCAGCUUACCGCUGCUAUAAAUCGGUAUGGUGCAAGACGGAAGCGUAGUUCUGUCUCUUUCAUUUUGAGGCUGGGCUUCAGGUUGCCAGGGGCCGAGAAUCUCUACUAACCAUGCCAAUACCAGUAGGAUACCAAUUUCAUAUCAUCCCUUCCAUAUGUAGUAAGUAAUUGACAUAGAGAUUAAUAAACUAAUAUAGAAAAGUUCACAUGGGUACUUUAAAUGUAUUAUCAACUUUAUUUAAAAUUAUAUACUGCCAGUUUACAGAAACAUUGUUCAAAACCAUCUACAAUACAAUUGGCCAUCAAUGCUAUUUUCUUGGUAGUAUAUUAUGUGUGUACAGACUAUUCUAGAUUGUCAUUUUAGAGUAAACCUUUUAUGUUGGUGCUUAUUCAAUUUAACAUUUUUUUUUCUCCCCUAUAGAAGACAGCCAAGCUAACUAAAAGUAGGCAAUUGUUUAUUUUGUUGAAGAUUCCCUUACCGUGUUUGAAGGUGGAAUGUUGCAAUAUCAAAGUGGCUGAAUAUUCAUUGAACAGUUUUGCAUACAUUGGUCCACACCCCCACCUCCUUCCAAUCCAUUGCCCUAUCGUGAUGGUGUAAUGCAAAGAAAUAUUGAAUGUACAGUAGCAAUUGGUAUGGUUUUAGUGGCUGUAACCUCUAAGAGCUCAACCUGCUAAGCAGGUGCCAGAAAACCUAUUCACAAAUUGUCAACUCUUUUAAUGUGACACCCUGUGUGGGGAAAUAAAGCACAAUGGUGAAGGGCUUUGAAGAAAAUUGCCAAAUGUUAAGCUUGUAAGUAUGCUAGAGAUGUGUGCUAUGCAUUUUAUCCCCUUGAAAUAAAAUGGCUUGUAUUAA